CCUAGCAUUGGGAGCUUCUGCUCACAGGUUUACUUCACAGCUCUUGGGUACCCCACACCAGGGUCCCGUCUUCCCCAAAAUCCAGAUGAAGAAGUUUCUCUUACUAAUGAGUCUUUGUCUGGUUGGAUCUGCCAGAGGAGCAUCAGGUCAGCCUGACGAACCUCCUCGUUCUAUGGAUCAUCAAGCUUCCGUUCAGCAAUUUCCAGGUGGGUACUUUUCACUUGGAAACCCUUCAGAUGGUGAGGCUUUGUAUGAGACUUCUUCAGACGAGAGCAGUUUAAGUGAGCACACCUCAGGUGGGCACGCUUCAGUUGAACACGCUUCAGGUGAGCACGCUUCAGGUGAGCACACUUCAGGUGAGCAUGCUGCGGGUGAACACAUGUCAGGUGAACACACCACAGGGGAGCACACUUCUGGUGAACAACCUUCAGGUGAACAGACUUCUGGUGAAAAGCCUUCAGGUGAACAGACUUCUGGUGAAAAGCCUUCAGGUGAACAGACUUCUGGUGAACAGACUUCUGGUGAACAGUCUUCCAGUGAAAAGCCUUCAGGUGAACAAGUUUUGGCUGAAAAGCCUUCAGGUGAACAGGUUUCAGCUGAAAAGCCUUCAGGUGAACAAGUUUUGAGUGAGAAGCCUUCAGGUGAACAGGCUUCCGGUGAACAAGCUUCAGGUGAACAAGCUUCAGGUGAACAAGCUUCAGGUGAACAAGCUUCAGGUGAAAAGCCACCGGGUGAACAGCCUUCAGGCAUUCCACCUUCAAGCACACUUUCAGGCCCGAUAUUAAAUUGCCACACAUGCUCAUAUAUGAAUGAUCAAGGAAAAUGUCUUCGUGGAGAGGGAGUCUGCUCCACUCAGAAUUCCCAGCAGUGCAUGUUAAAGAAGAUCUUUGAAGGUGGAAAACUCCAAUUCAUGGUUCAGGGUUGUGAGAAUAUGUGCCCAUCAAUGAACCUCUUCUCCCAUGGAACCAGAAUGCAAAUUAUAUGCUGUCGGAAUCAAUCUUUCUGCAACAAGAUCUAGAAGCCUGUGCCCUUGCUUCCCGCUCUGACUCAGGCAGCAAAAAUUCUCCAUUACCCUACUGGGCUCAAGUUAUAUUGUUUCUCCCCCAGUCUAUAACUAACCACAUCUGUCUCCGCCUGAGUGUCAGACAGGAUGUUCAAAUCCCUCACCUUUCCUCUCCUAUCCAUGCCCUAUAAGCCAUUCUUCUCUACAUCUGCCUUCCCUUACCCCAUCUCUCAACAUUCUUUUCUUUCUCAAUAAAUUCCGUAUGGUGAAGAAUA